AUGACGGCGGAGCCUGUCGGCGGGGAUGCGGUGGAGGGAGCUGCGAGCAAGCCAAAGCGUGUGAGGACUGGGUGCUUAACCUGCCGUGAGAGACAUUUGAAGUGCGACGAGGGUUUACCGCAUUGCCAGAAUUGUCGAAAAUCGAGUCGAGUUUGCAAGAGGGGCGUCCGCUUAAACUUUAUCGAUACUACCGUCAAGAGUCCACCAAUAAUUCCACCCACGGCAGAUUGGAAAGUAAAAUUCCAAGAUGAGUCUCGCGAGAUUGCAUCAGAGUAUAAAGGCGGAUUAGGACGAUACGCACAUCUGGACCAGACGAUUACACCUCCUCGAGAGACGCACAUGGAGUUCCCUGUUCGACCCAUGGUUGUUGACCCUAUGGAAGACAGUAAUGCAUUACCCCCGAUACAAACUGGUGGUGGAUUCUCAGACAAUGGACUUGUGAUGAAGCAAGAAUCUUCGCAUUCCAGACAAGCCAGCCGGCAUCACUCUCAUGCUGGAAGUGAGAUUUCUUUCCUCACGGCUCCGACCACUGCUACAUACAACAACGAAAGCCCAUUGACUCCUCCAAACGAGUCCCGAAGAUACCUCAGCUCAGCAGAAGAUGUCUUAUUCAUGCAAGUCUUUGUGGAAGAGGUAGGCUUGUGGAUGGACAGCAUGGAUCCCCACAAGCAUUUCUCGAGACUUCUUCCCUUUCACGCCCUUUCCGAACCUAUGCUUCUUAAUGCUUUUCUUGCCUGCGGAGCUCGUCAUCUGACUUUGGUCAACCCAAUUUACCAUGAGGACAAGGCUCUUUUCUACUACGAUACAGCUACGACUCAACUGCUUAGAUCUUUACAGAAUCCAGAUAGGGAUACGGUUUGCUGUGCCACCACAGCUGUUAUCUUGAAUGUUUACGAAAUAAUGUCCGAACGAGCCAUGCAGAGAAUGAACCACAUUGCGGGUGCUCGGGCACUAAUCAAAGAAUGUGGAUGGAAUGCCCGAAGCACUGGAGUAGGAGCUGCUUGCUUCUGGCUGAAUGUUGGUAUGGAACUUCUUAGUUGUCUGCAUUUCAACUGGCAAGUUGCUUGGGAGCCAGAUCAAUGGGGCGUAGACAUGAACUUUCAACAAGAGACUGAAUCUGGAAAAGAAGAGAUUUGGGUUCACCGGAUGCUCUAUAUUGUGGGCAAGAUCGCGAACUUCAGAGCCUCAAUCCCCCGGUUUCAAGAAGCAUCACCACACGACGAGCAGAUCCGCUUACAGACAAGAUAUGCUGAGUGGCAAAGGUUAAAGGCAUUGUGUGACAGUUGGAACGAAACCAUUCCUCGGACGAUGCAACCGAUGGGAUACCUUCAUCCUUCCCAAACUAGCUCGAAAUCCGCCUUCCCGGAAGUUUGGCUUAUCAAACGUGCCACGAUCGUCGGUCGUUUGUUCUACCACACGGCUAUGUGUCUCUUGGCACAAAUAAACCCAUUGAUGUCAAAAGACACAGAGGAAAUGAACAGGAUCCAAAUGCAACACGCCCACCUCAUCUGUGGCAUUGUCGCACAUGUCAAAGACCGAGGCGUAGCAAGCGUUGCCCUACGUUCCCUCGCUAUCGCCGCCGAAUGCCUAAUCGUUCGCCGAGAACAAGAAGAAGUCCUCGAAAUCUUCGAGAAGAUUCGAAAGGAGACUGGCUGGAAAGUCGGGUUCAUCAACAAAGAGCUAAGAGCGAAGUGGGGAUGGCAGCACGAGGAUGCACAGCAGCCCAUGGUUGCACAACAAUCGUCUGGUAGCUCUUUAGGACAAUUCUUUCCGAUUACAAAUUCUGGGAGCAGUCUACCGCCUGCGCCGCCGCAACCGCCGUCGAGACCCAUGCCGAGUGGGAUCUUGAAUCCGUUGUUGAAGACGGCCGAUUUUUCACUUCCGAAUCAUCCGUAUCAACAGUAUUAUCAGCCGCCGAACCACCAUCAUUCGUUCGCGCAUAGUUACAUAUGA